UUCUCCUCAAGCUCCCCCCGUAGGUGUGGUUUUGUUUUGUGGAAAAUUGUAACUUUUUCGUCCUUGCCGCGCUGUUUCGACGAUUCGUUCGUGCCGCACUAACCGCAGACUAGCCGCAGAAGAUCACCAGUAGGGUAUUUCAGUGUUGAUUGUUAGUUAAAAGCCUCAUCAAAAUGACCGGACGGCUCCCAGCUUGUGUGAUCGAUGUAGGAACGGGUUACACUAAGCUCGGUUUCGCAGCGAACAAGGAACCACAGUUUAUCAUUCCUUCGGCGAUCGCUAUUAAAGAGUCGGCGAAAGUCGGUGAUCAAAGUGCCCGGCGCGUUACCAAAGGUGUAGAGGAUUUGGACUUCUUCAUCGGAGACGAAGCCUUCGAUGCGACCGGAUAUUCGGUGAAGUAUCCGGUACGCCAUGGGCUGGUGGAAGACUGGGACCUGAUGGAGCGAUUUCUGGAGCAGUGUAUCUUUAAGUACUUGCGUGCCGAGCCAGAGGAUCAUCAUUUUCUGCUGACCGAGCCACCGCUGAACACGCCAGAAAACCGUGAAUACACGGCGGAGAUCAUGUUCGAAACGUUUAACGUACCGGGUCUGUAUAUCGCUGUGCAGGCGGUACUAGCAUUGGCUGCUAGUUGGGCCUCACGCCCGGUACAGGAGCGUACCCUGACCGGUAUCGUAGUGGACAGUGGCGAUGGCGUUACGCAUGUCAUUCCUGUGGCCGAAGGGUACGUGAUCGGAUCGUGCAUCAAACACAUUCCGAUCGCGGGCCGCAACAUAACGUCCUUCAUUCAAAGUCUACUACGAGAGCGUGAGGUUGGCAUUCCGCCCGAGCAGAGCCUGGAAACGGCAAAAGCUAUCAAGGAACGAUACUGCUACAUCUGUCCGGACAUCGCGAAGGAAUUUGCCAAGUAUGACACGGAACCGGCCAAGUGGAUGCGUCACUAUGAGGGCAUGAAUGCGAUCACGAAAAACCCAUUCGGUGUGGACGUUGGAUACGAGCGGUUCCUGGGACCCGAAAUCUUCUUCCAUCCCGAGUUCUCGAACCCCGAUUUCACGACGCCCCUGUCCGAGAUCGUAGACACGGUCAUUCAGAACUGCCCGAUCGAUGUACGACGACCGUUGUACAACAACAUCGUGCUGAGCGGUGGAUCGACCAUGUUCCGGGACUUUGGUCGUCGAUUGCAGCGGGACAUUAAGCGCAGCGUUGAUGCGCGAUUGCGUAUUAGUGAAAAUCUGAGCGAAGGACGGAUUAAGCCCAAACCAAUCGACGUAUCGGUGAUUUCGCAUCAUAUGCAGCGAUAUGCCGUGUGGUUCGGUGGUAGCAUGCUUGCUUCAACGCCCGAGUUCUACCAAGUUUGUCACACGAAAGCGGCGUAUGAAGAAUUCGGACCCAGCAUCUGCCGCCACAAUCCGGUCUUCGGUACCAUGACAUAGGGGGCCCAGCGCAUUGGUGGGCAUAGCGAUAAGCAUAGAAAGGUUUAUUCAAUGGAAAACGGUAAAAAUCCAAUUAUCGCGAACAAAACUAACGGAAAAACUAGGUCUACCUUCUAGAGUAUAAUGUACCAAAUUGAUCUACGAUCCUUUUGAGCGUUGCACUGGCGCUAGGAAUGAGCGUUGCAUUUCCAGAUUAUCUUAUUAGCGUGCAUUUUAUAACCCUUUUUUGUGUCGAUUCAGACGUCCUGUGUUAAUUUCGAUCGUGUAUCCUUCCUUCCGUUUGCGUUUCCUCAGUUUGGUUGUAAUGCAAUUUACAAUGAUACCUUCAAGUGCGUCUUCCAAAGAGAAGGCGGACAGUUUGAUGGUGUUACCUUUUCUUUCUUCCUUUAGUUGUUUUACUUUACGUAUAGCAGGGGAUAGCAUUUUCCUCGAGCAAGACGAGUGUCUGAGGCCGUUAUCGUUAGUCUACCAUUCAUCUUCGAGCCUACAGUAUUGUACAUUUACUAUGUCUCGUCCUUUCCAUUCGAAACCGUUUGAAGCAUCUUGUUAUGUAGGUGUAGUGGCUGUAAUCAACCGCUAACCAUGCGGCCAUGCAGGAUUACAUGCUGCUCGCAAUGGUAGAAUCGAUUCGAUAAUAAAACUACAUAAAGAAGCCAAGAACGGGUGCGUUUUCAAUUCC